UUAACUUUUAUAAACGGUUAAAGAAAUAAUAAAUCCCCGCGAGAACGGGGGCUCAAUCGCCAUACGCCCACCCGCGCCCAGGCUCGCCGUCGUCAUACGUGCGCGUGACACACCUCCGGUUAGCCAUGAGGCUAACAUUAAGCUAAAUAUCCGGGAGGCGACUAGGCGCGCGCCGGGCUGUCUUUUCGGUGUUGUUAUGUGGUGAAGCUAGCAUCCGCCUGUGUCUGUCCUCCUUGGCUGACCACCGGGAGCCGCGCCAUGGAGUGCCGCGUCUUGUCCAUCCAGAGCCACGUCGUGCGGGGUUAUGUGGGCAACAAGAGCGCCUCUUUCCCGCUGCAGGUUUUGGGCUUUGAGGUGGACUCCAUCAACUCUGUGCAGUUCUCCAACCACACCGGUUACUCGCACUGGAAGGGCCAAGUGCUGACGGCUGACGAGCUGCACGUUCUCUACGAAGGCAUCAAGCUCAACAACGUGCACCAGUAUGACUAUGUUCUGACAGGCUACACUAGGGACACAUCCUUCCUGGAGAUGGUGGUGGAUAUUGUUCAGGAGCUGAAGAGAGCCAAUCCAAACUUGGUGUAUGUGUGCGACCCGGUGCUGGGUGACCACGGCUCCAUGUACGUUCCUCAGAAUCUCUACCCGGUGUACAAGAACAAGGUGGUUCCUGUUGCGGACAUCAUCACGCCUAACCAGUUUGAGGCUGAACUGUUGACAGGGAAGAACAUCAGCACGGAGAAAGAUGCUGUGGAGGUGAUGGACCUGCUGCACACCAUGGGCCCGGACACGGUGGUCAUCACCUCGUCGGAUCUACCUGCCAGACUGGGCGAUCGCUUCCUGGUGUCGCUGGGUAGCCAGCGUCACGUUCGUCCCGACGGCAGCAGAACCACGCAGAGGGUCAGAAUAGAAGUUCCCAAAGUGGACGCCGUCUUUGUCGGCACGGGCGACUUGUUUGCCGCCAUGCUGCUGGCGUGGACGCACCACUACCCAAAUGACCUCAAGACGGCAUGUGAGAAAACGUUUUCGGUGAUGCAUCACGUCAUCCAGAGGACCAUCUCGUACGCUCACGAACUAGCAGGUCCCGGUCGGAGGCCCAGUCCGCCCCAACUGGAGCUGCGGAUGGUCCAGAGCAAGGCCGACAUCGAAGACCCCGCCAUCGUGACGGAGGCCACCGUCAUAUCGUAACGACCGCCAGCCUCCAUAACGCAUUUCAUAACGCCCUCGGAGCCUUUGUAGUCUCCUCAGCGUCAGCGCUCCCGACAAGCCGUUAGCCUCCGCGCUGAGCUGCAGAUAGACAGCAAGGGCGGCUCGUCACAAACGGCCCCAACUUGUGUAUCUGCGGCUCCACUUCCACGCAUCUUUUAGCAGUAACAUAUUGGUGAGCAACCCCCCAGAAAAUACGACCAGAAAAAAAGAAAAAAAAACAACGCACAAUGUAUAUAGUUGAUGUCUCGUUGUUGUGCUCAAACUGUAUUGGAGCAUCUGUGUGACAACGCAACUGUCUGGUUGACCUUGGUGUGCUACUCAACUACACGUCACUCGACUUAUCAAAUACAUUGGCACUUUUACUCUAGUACUUGAAUAGUUUAAGUUACUUAGCUCCAUUUUAAGGGGUACACAUAUUGGUUUUUAACAUCUGGAGUGAUAUUUUAGAAAGGGAGGAAGUGUGUCUUCACUUCUCUUAUUGCGUGCCGUCCACUAAUGGUGAGUCUCCUCCCCUGAAACCAGAUGUCUGUGGUAGUAGUGACCAAGACUGACUGGGAUGAAGCAACAAUCAUAAAUAGUCAACAAGUUGACCAUUGCUCUUUGAGAAAAUAACAUUUGGAAAAAUCUCUCUCCACACACCAUUAGAUAAUCACCCCAAAUUCACUUUCGAAGACAUCUGAUAAUCAGGCCUUAGCUGACUUUGAAAAGCACUGAAAUUGGGUCCGAUUUUCGGUGCGUACAUACCCCAACUAGCCAACAUUGACAAAAGCAGAGAACAUGG